AUGGCCACCACCGCCGAGCCUGCUCCUGUCAGUGAGCCCAAGGUGAAGCCUCCCAAGCCCGAUGAAGAGGCUUACAAGGCUUCCCUUGAAAUUGCUGAGAAAGAACAUGCUGCUGUUCAAGAGAAAUUGACUCAAAUAAAGGCAAAGAUUGAAAGUGCCCGCCCUAACAAUCAGGAUUCCCCAGCUGCAAAGAGACAGCGAGAACUUCGUUCUGAGCUCUCCUCCAUCCGCCAGAAGCAGCAGGGAUUCAAGGCCUCCAGGACCAGCACCCAGGAGAAAAUCAACGCUCUGGAUGCAACUCUGAAGGCUCGUAUUGCGGAACAGAAUAACUCCCGGAGUCGCAUGUCUUUCAAGAAUGUUGAAGAGAUUGACCGCGAAAUUGCGCGUCUGGAGAAGCAGGUCGACUCUGGUACGCUGCGACUAGUGGACGAGCGGAAGGCACUAAGCGACAUUUCCAACCUGCGCAAGCAGCGUAAGAACUUUGCCGGCUUCGACGAUGCUCAGAAGGUUAUCAGCGACCUGAAGUCUCAAAUCGCGGAGCUUAAGAAGACCCUUGACAACCCCGAGUCCAAAGCACUUAGCGAGAGGUACUCCGAGAUCCAGAAGGAGCUCGACGCUAUCAAGGCCGAGCAAGACAGUGCCUUUAAGAACCUCAAUGCCUUGAGGGAUGAGCGCACCAAGCUCCACGCUGAACAGCAAAAGAAGUAUACUGCCAUUCGCGAGCUCAAGGACGCUCAUUACAAGGCUCGUAAGGCGUACAAGGAGUACGAGGACGAAGCCUGGAGGAUUCGCCGUGAGCGCCAAAAGGCCCAGCGUGAGGCGAUUGAGCGUGAGAAGAAGAAGAAGCUGGCCGACAAGAAGUUGGAGGAAGCAUCGCGUCUUGCUUAUACCGACGAGAUUCUUACUGCCCAGGGUCUUAUCCGCCACUUUGAUGCAGCCUACGACUUUUCUGCCCUAGGCCUCGAUGAAAAGAAGGACGACGGCAGUGAUUUCCGUGCCCAGGUUGGACGCACCGUCGACGGUUCGAACAUCAAGGGCAUGAAGAUCUUGAAGAAGGAGGAUCGCGAAGAAGACUACUUCGUUGGCACCGGAGGCAAGAAGGGCAAGAAGGGAAAGAAGGGUACCCAAACUGCUGCGGCAGCUUCCGAUGCCAAAUUCAACCUCAGCUUCGGUGUGAUCCAGGACUUUGCCGAUCUCAAGGUUGAUCCUCCUAUGACCCAAUCUGAUGUUCCUGGGGUGAUUGAAAAACUUGCCGCCAAGAUUACGGAAUGGAAGAAAAACCAGGCAACGAAGACAGAAGAGAACAUCAGGAAGGCAAAGGAGGAGAUUGCCCGUUUGGACGAGGAAGCGACUGCCGCUGCUACCAAGACAAAUGGUAGCGCAAAGGAGGCUAACGCUGUCAACGGCGCUGCUCCUGUGACUGAAAAGAAGGUGGCUGCCGAUGCUCCAGUUGAGGCAUAG